UACCAUUAAGGGGCGGACCAUAAAAAAAGUGAUAGAGGGUGGGAAAUAUUUCACCUUGCACACUUUUUUUGCUGUCUGCUUGUUCUGGAAUUUUUUUCAGAAUUUUGAAGAUCCUCUUUGUACGAAUUUCCUCCUUUUUUCCUUUGCGCGUUUUUCUUUGUAUUUUUGCCCACCACCACCACCCUCUCUAUCACUUUCCUAAUAUUCCGUGCCUGAGCUUUCCAAGCACCUCUUCCCUCAGUGUUUGACAAAAGUGUUACAGUUCAGGACUUACAACACUGAUCAGUUGUCUAAACAACCACCAAAACCUGAGUGAAUAUAGUUAUUAGUGUAUAUCAAUAAGCAAUUAAGCAUAUAGUAUGAUAAUGUUCUAUAAUGAAUGGCCCCACCCUCUGACUGUAACCAGUUAAACAAUGUGACCACAAAUAUCCCAGGUCCUUUCUAAUAAGAACAUAUCCUUUUUACAAGUUUGGCAUUGUAUUGUUUGGCUGUUUUAUAUUUUGGUUAUUUUCAUAUUUUCUAUUAGCAUCCGGUGAUAAGGACUUUGAAAGUUAUGUUUAUGAGAGAAUUUUUCGUGGUUUGGAUGUGGUUGCUCAAGUAACAUUUUACCAAUGUCAUGUUCCCGCUUCAAUUAGCCUCUCUAUCUUUAUUCCUUCAUUGGACAUUACAUGGAAAAGUCAGAAUCUCACGUCAGAUAUAAAGCGAGUACCACUUGGUAAGAAUUAAUUUUAUUUCGUCAUUGGUUUUGGUAAACGACAUUAUAUAAUAACUACAGUGAAACACGCAAUUUGAUUGGUCAACAGCCGUGCAGGAUCAGACAAUCCUGCACGGGAAAUUCUGAACAGAAAUUAUUGCAUAUAAAUUUACAAAUAUACUCGCAUUGUAAAGUUUCAUUGUACGAUACCUUUCGACUUUGAAGUAAGUUUCCAAUUAUUGAGACGUUGGUUUAGUUGUACGAAUAAAUUUCUGAUCGAUACAUUGCUAUUCAGCAAGUAGCAACGCGUAAGCGUUGAAAUUCAUCAGACCAUGGCAUGAAAGUACAACAUCUCUCGCUUCAAAGUUGAUCAAACGCUUCGCAAUCUUCACAUAUUCAGCUGGAGAAUCUUCACUACUACUUUGACUGUCUGUUUAGCGGGUUUUCCAUUUCAAAUUUCGUAUAUUUUAUCGAAAAAGUCCCUGUAUUUUCGCUGUAUACUUUCGCGAAUUUGCGAUCAAAUUCUGUUCACACAUGUUGUUGUUUUCAAUAGCGUGGAUUAGCGAUUCUCUGAUUGGUUAAUUCACGAAUGUUGUGAGAACUGCACAUUUCAUCAGUAAUUUUAAUCAAGUUAAGCGUCGUUUCACUGUAGUAAUUUUAUAAAACAAUUACCAAAUGGUUUUCCCGUACAGGAUAGCAUGAUCCAUGCACUUGGGAUGUUGCUCGACUUUCGGAAAGCGUAAAAAUACACUCGCCUACGGCUCGUGUAUUUUUACGCUUUCCGAAAGUCUCGCAACAUCCCUCGUGCACGGAUCACGCAAUCCUGCACGGAAAACCAUUCGGUAUUCCUUUAAUAAGAAACCUUCCUGUCGUACGCAUGCAUGUGCCUUUUAUCCGUCGAUCGGGAUAUUAUUCCCGUAGUUUACUCAAAUAUCCACGCAAGUAAAAACACGCAUCGCUAGUACUAUCAGUUAGGGAUUCCAAUAGAGGACGGCACCCGACGAUUUUCUCCGUCUAUAGCGUAGAUAAUCGCCGGCUAUUUAUCCAGAUUAUAAACCAAAAUAUUUCGUCGUUACCAAAGAAAUGCCAAGGGAAAGGUUUCUUCCUUUUAUAACAAAAAUUCUACACGAUAUUCUUAUCUAAAUGUUUGGAUAUGACAAAUCUACAUACACUGUAAAGGCCCAUUUACACGAUACGAUUAGUUGUAUACGAUUGUCAUUCUGACGAAUGAAAACGAGUGCUAAUGCCACGUUAUUGCUCAUUCGCUAAUGGCGAAAUUUGAAAUGUGACGUUUGUACGCGUGUUUAUUCGAUCACAUACGCCAGAGUAAGAAUCGUAUACAACUAAUCGUACCGUGUAAAUGGACCUUAACAACUCUCCAGAAAUGGCUGCAAAUGCCAUUUCAGAUGGUCUAAAUUUCAAAUCGGGAAGACGCCCUCGAACCCCCUCCCCCUGGUGAGGUACCUUCGGAACCACCUACUUUCAGAAAGCCUGCUACUUUCAAAUUCUAUUGGGAACCCUGUAAGUCCUGUGUAAUAUGGCGUCCCCCAAAAAUCGAACCUAUCUAAAUUACUAUGUAUCCACUGCAAUUAUCAAGACGGACCUGUUAAAGUUAAGGUGAUUCAUCAGUAAUUGUUCUGGAAAUAAGAAUUUGCUGAAACUUCCCAGGGUUGAAGUUUAUGAUAUGCUCAUAGUAAAACCAGAAAAAAAGUUGGGGUCACCGAACUCGUUUCGAAGAUAUGACAAGUGCAAAUAUACCACCUUUUCCCCCAUAUGGCGCCAUCUUAACCCUUGUACGAGUUACAGGAACAGUCGCAAUUACUCAACCGUUAUUGAAUUUUUUAACAAUGGUCCUACUAAAAUUGUCUAUCUAGUGAUUAUAUAUACAAGAAAACAUGGUAUUUUAGCGAAUCAAAAAUCAUUGACGUGCAUUGUCGUGAUGCAAAGAUGUCUUUUCCCAUAUUCCUGAACAUGUUAUUUUGGAAGCAUGCCCGAAAAAUGUAACAUAUUAUAAGUUGUAGAAAUGAUUUUUCUCCUAUUUUCUGAUAUGACAUGUAAAACGUAUAGAAGAACAAAAAUAUAUGAUUAAAAAGUAGGAUCACGGACCUUCUAAAAAGGGAUACAAGGGUUAAACAUGCAACAUGAUGUGGUUUAUAGGCCGUAGGAUGAGCAUCCAAAAGAUGCAAUUCCGUUGCACCCCUCGUGUAACUACGUAAUUUUCACAUGAAUAAAUAGAUAAAAACUUACUUUAUCAGAAUCCGUUGCUCCCCAAGCGAAACAGGUGCACAAUUGAGAGAAAAAUCCCUCCAAAGUUUGAUAUUUUCGCGCUUCGAAAUACUCGAACCGCCAUUAUUUUGGUAGCAAAUACGCAUGCGCAACUCAGCCAAACUCGCACUGCGCACGCGCAGACUAUAAAAAUAGAUUCUCACUGGGGGUUUCCCCGAUUUCCUCCGCAAAAACAACAAAAUAAAAUCACGGAAUACUGAUAAACCUUGUAAUAUAAAUACACCCGCAUUAAAUAUUGUUAAAAACACAUUGUAUAUUUUGCUUGCUCAUAUGCUAAAUCACUUCAAUUCAUUGGCUAUUGUUUUAAAAUACCGUUUUAUUCUACUUUAUAUUAACAUCCAAUUCAAUACAAAUUUGUGUGAGGUAAAAAACCCACCUGUAUCAAACAGGACGAAGAAAUAAAAAUUAUAUAUACAUACAAUUCACACGAUCAAGGAACAAAUGAAAUAUUUCGCUAAACUUAAAGCCUUGGCCAAACGUAAGAAACAAUGUCGCGGAAAUAUUCGUGAUUUUUAAUUGGCUUUUAUUGCAUUUUAUGAAACACUCUUUAUCCGUUUGCCGACGCUGAUAAGACAAUAUGACAUACCGAAAGAUUGGAAAGACAAAUAAUAUGACAAACAGCGUUUCCCAGUUCAUACCGGGCUUUAAGGGAUAUUUAUAUAAACUCGAAAUUCAUCAUAAAAAAAGAUAAAUUGGGAGCAAAUAUAAAAUCCAUAAUUUCAUUAUAGCUAUCUAUAAUUGAAAGAAAUGUUUUCAUCUUUGAACCCAGAUUUUCAUCAGAGCAAUAAAAUCCCACUUAUUGGAUCCUGGCCAAGGGCUUGCAUGCUCAAAACGAGAUUGCAUGUAUUCUGCAAUAAGCUGUCCUGGCUUUUGUCUGGUAAAGUUCUACUUCUCGUAUUUGAACUAUUACAUGUAUUAUAUUUAUAUUGUGACAUAAGUUGGUAUUUAGCCACUAUCUAGAAUAACGAACGAUACAUCCUGGUUUUUCUUGUCCACACUAGUUGACUUUUUCUUAUAGAUUUAAUACUGCUGUGCAUUUCAGCUCCUCCACCAGGGUGCAUUUUAGCUUCCCAGACAUGACCAUACUGUUACCCUGUCCAUGAGAGGGAUAUAUGUGUUGAUAAUAUAAAUACUGUGGAUCCGAUUGAGAAUAUCGACUAAGUAAAUAAAUACUGAUCUACUCCACUGAUAAUAUCUAUGUGCAUUACCACCAUUGUUCACCUCAAAUCAUUAAUAAUUCAUGAGCAAAUUAGCCAACCAUAUUGCUUUAUUUUGCUCACAUGAUAAUACUAGAUCCCUUAUGAAGUAUAUUGAUCCUGUAGUGUCCUAGAACUGGAUUAAAAUUAAUUCAGUCCUUGAACUGGAUCAAAAUUAAUUAAGUAGUGAUUUAUUCAUAUAUGGAUGUCAUUUCAAAUCCUCCAAUUCGGACUGGACUAGAUUUCAAGUCCUCACAUUUUGAUCCAGUCCUCUGCUUCGCCUUGGACGUCAUCAAAUUGUGUGGACUUGAAAUCUAGUCUAGUCCUGACCUCAUAGUCAAAUUUGAAAUAUUAUCCCUUGUCAAAUCAGAUGCCAAUGAUGGCCAAGGAAGAUUCAGUUUUGGUAUUUCUUGCACCUUUUGGUGAAGAAUCAAUGCAACAUUGUAUAGAAUUUGUAACUUAUUGACUUUAGAAUUUCCCUCAGUUUCUGUGUUGGAAUUCACAUCAUCAUAAUCAAUGGUACAGCUCUCUUCAAUCUUCAUCAUUGUUUUCAGACUUAGGGCCUGUUUAUAUGGAAGCCGGCCUGAUAAGCGAGACAGCCUGGUAAGCAAGAUCUUGCUGUGUAGUUAUUUUUAUAGUAAAAAUUAUUGUGCGUUUAUAUGGACAAGCGGGCUGGCCCGGUUGCCGAGAUCUCAUUUGAAAGAGGCUAGAUCUCGCUUACCGGGAUUGAAAUUUCUCCAUAUAAACAUUUACAAGCGGGCUAUCCUGGUUGCCGGGAUGAAAGUUCAAAGAUACUGCCCCAUUUUAAUUUUAACAACUGUCAAAACAAUACAAUGUAACAAAAUCGUCCCGGCAAGCGGGAUGAAAGUUCCUCAUAAACACAAGAGAAAUUCAUCCCGCUUACCGGGCUGUCUCACUAAGCGGGCCAGCCAGACUUCCAUAUAAACAGGCCUAGGCCCUUAAUUGACAUAUGUUCCUCAACCAAUUCAGAAGAAUCCAAAUUUUCCACAUAUACAAUUUCACUAACAUUUCUCAUUUUCGGUACACAGAACACAAGUUGGGGAUAACUUUUCAUCAUUCAUUGCUUGAGUUUAAAAGCUCUAUAUUUAGAUGCAUCCACAUUCUCAGUGUCCUUAUAAGCAAUGAUAACAAAUUUCUCCAGCAAAUCUUUCAUAUAAUUUAUUUGCUUAUUUCCGAUGACCUCCAUCUCAAUCACUUUUUUACAGAAUACAUCAUAAGACUUCUCGUACACUGAUGCUCUCGUUGCUUCUUCGUCUCUCUGGUGAGAAAUAUUGUAUAUAAAUUGCAGUAGCAAACUUUGUGAUAGCGGAUUUCCAGAGCUACACAGUCUUUCCCCUGGAUUUGCAUGAGUAUCUGUUGAUCAUUCUUUCUCUCGGCAGCUGUACGUAGAAGACCAGCAUCAAUUGUUUCUGCCAACAUGAGUGGAGUUCUUCUCUUCUUAGUUGCCUGGUGUGAAACAAAAUAAAAACAAGGUUGGAUGUUUGUAGCAUGGAAACUACUUUACCUUAAGUAAACUUAAUUGAUCACAAUUCAAUAUAUUUUAAAACCAAACCUGAUGAUGAUAAUGAUGAUGAUAAACCUUACCUGAUGAUGGUUCCAUUCUAAGUUAAUGGUAUCAGGAUUCUUCUCCAUGUAUGAAUUGACAGAUCCGUCAUCGAUGUUCUCGUACGAUUUCUUAGCUAUUUCAGCUUGUUGACAUUUAAGUUUGGCCCAUUUUGACCUGCACUCAAGAAAUUUCUUAAGCCUUUGGCGUGUAACUUUGCAAAGUUGCUGCUCCGUAACGCCAUCAAAAUGCAUAAAACAUGAGGAUAUUCGAGUUUUAUAAAUAUCUUCAGCCAUGUUUAUUUGCAUAACUGAGCGUGUUUCCACUUCGAAGCAUGUGCGCAACCUCGUACCCAGGGCUAGUCGCGAAUUGAAGGUGUCGCCGCCUUCAAUUCGCGACUAGCCCUGGGUACGAGGUUGGCAUGUGCGUUGGUUGUGCGCGUGCGCAGUGCGAGUUUGGGUGAGUUGCGCAUGCGUAUUUGCUAUCAAAACAAUGGCGGUUCGAAUAUUUCGAAGCGCGAAAAUAUCAAACUUUGGAGGGAUUUUUCUCCCAAUUGUGCACCUGUUUCGCUUGGGAGCAACGGAUUUUGAUAAAGUAAGUUUUUAUCUAUUUAUUCAUGUGAAAAUUACGUAGUUACACGAGGGGUGCAACGGAAUCCGUUUUCUAAGCAUCUUUUGGAUGCUCAUCCUACGGCCUAUUAGUGUUAUAGUUGCACAUGUACAGGGAGCCCUACCCAGAGUUCUGUCAUCUGUGAUGGUAUAUUUCCUGAAGCAUGCCUAUAAUCAAUGCAAAGUGUUUUUCUCCUUGCCCUUACUCUAUUGCAACGAAUACAUAAUUAAUUUAGAUGAGUUCCGUUUUUUUGUGAAACCCUGUAUAUACAGUACAUGUUAAUAUACUAUUCUAUGUACUGUACAUGUAAUAAUGAAGCAGUGGAUGUUAUUAUGACCACUUUUAUUAUGACUGUUACUCUUUUUAAUAAUUUCACAUUUUAUUAUAACAGAUCCAAAAGAGCCAUAUAGUGUUACUCUUGAGAUGCAUGACCAUCCCAAGGGCAGAUAUAAAGAUAACGUGCAUGUGAAUGUAAGUAAUUGUACUGUAUGUAUAACUUACACAAGGUGCGUUGGUAUGCGAAUUACCGCACCCUGCGUGUUUACAUAUAAAUUACAGAGGGUGGACAAAAAAAGUAGCUCGCAUAAAAAAUGGUAUAUCCUGUUCUUCUGCCACAAUAAGUAAAGAAAGUCCUAACAAAAGUUAUGUUUUUGAACUUACUUAUUUAGUUUUGUGUGUGUGUGAAUAAAAUUUGUGAUUUCAAGUCAAGGAUUAGAAAAAUAGAUACGUUUACAGAGUUUUUACUCAAAAUUAAAAAUGGCGGAUUUGAAUCAGAAAUGUACGUAUAUCGUUGGAUGAUAUCUAUAUCAUGCGGUUUUACUUUGCAUCAUUCAUCCAGAAAUGAACUGCCCAAAGGUUUGAAUGAAUCGGGAGGAACUGACUGAUGUGAUGCAGCAAACAUUUGUCAGUUUUCACACGUGUAUGUGAUAAGAACGUUUGAACAGAUUGAGUCUGAUGUGCGAAUCUGUCCAAACAUUCUAUCACAUACACGUGUGAAAACUGACAAAUGUUUGCUGCAUCACAUCAGUCAGUUCAAACUUAUCUUGACCGUUGACUUACAACCCUGGAAGCCAAGAAAAGACAGUGUUUUGCAUCAAAUUGUGUGGUAACGGUUUAUUGAAAGAUUGCGAUAUAGCUUUACCAUGCAGUAUUUCAUAACUUAGUAACAGUAGCUUGGCGGCACACCUUUGUUAUUAUAAAAAUACUUGAUUUACUGUACUACAUUCUAGCCAUUCAGUACCCUGACGAUACAACUGCACACAUGAAUUACAUUAACUAUUGGAGCUUUAUGCCAUUCCACUUUAAUUUGUGACUAAGUUAGGAAUAUCAGAACAUUGUGGCGAGAAUAAUUUGAUAAUUUUGGCACAUUCCUGAUUCAAAUCCGCCAUCUUUAAUUUUGAGUAAAAACUUUGUAAACGUAUCUAUUUUUCUAAUCCUUGACUUGAAAUCACAAAUUUUAUUCACACAACAAAACUAAACAAGUAUAAGUUCAAAAACAUAAAUAUUGUUAAGACUUCCUUUAUUUAUUGUGGUAAAGAACAGGAUAUACCUGUACCAUUUUUUAUGGGGGGAGGUACUUUUUUUGUCCACCCCCUAUAUGUUAAGCUUUUAACCGUCAAUAUUGCAGGAUCCCGGCUAAUGCAAAUGAAUUUACCUUUAGGCUUUAUCAUAACUCAUAAGACAUGACUCAAAAUAACGGUUAAACGUUUAAUGGCUAUAUAAGGUUUUCGUGAUAAACGAAGUCAAAGUAAUCAGAGUCGAGGCAAAUGAAAAUGGAUUUAUCUUUACCCUCGUUAGGCUUUAUUAUGAGACAAGGCUGAAAAUAACGGCCUGUCACCGGUCAAUGACCUUUCCAAAUUUUUAAUAUAACCGGUCAAAUUUGUAUAAAGAUGUCAGUCAUAGUGACACUCUGACAGGCCUUACAACGGCAUUGGUUCUCUAAAGGUUGUGGAUCUGUUAAAAACUAUGUAAAUUUUAAGGAUUUUCUUACUAUUUAACAUUUCGUGUUUGAGUGCAUGUUGUCACAGCAACAAAAACAAUUUGCCGAGAAUGCUUCUUCGAAGAUCAGGUGCACGAUUUACACUUUUUUUGUUGUGUUGCGUUUUGAUAAUUUUUGGGUCGGGAUUUGACUGACAGAUCACUCGGCAAGUAUGUAACAAAAUUUUGUUAAGCUGACAGACAUAGUUUGCUGAUAUUAUGAUUAUAGAGGAUCCAUAUUUAUUAUAACCACUUAUUCACCUUUUGGUUUUUUAAGGUAAAGUUAAAUGACAGUGAAAUAAUUGUAAAAUACUAUAACCUCAGCAAAGAUUGCUUGCAAGGUGCGUUUUUUUUCAAUGUUUAUGUUGCCUGUCUUUUAACAUUUUGUAGUUCGCCUUUCAUUCAAUUUAGUCCAUCGUUGUCCAGUAUAUGCAUCGUUGAAAUGUUCUAUGAGCCAUUUUCCAAAAUCCUGGGUCUAGUCGCGCGAAUCCCUUGUUGGAGGGACAAGAAAUAUGGCAGCACACAUUUAAAUUAAAUGUUUAAUGUAAAAAGGAGAUACUUCAUUUUUGGUCGUCUAAAAAGUUGAUAUUUAAUAGUAGAUACUUCUACUUUUUCACAUAUUUGACGCCUGUCUCCAUAUAUUUUGUCCCUCCGAACGAUCCCAGAAUGCACUGUGAUCUCUUUUGGGAAGAGGCUAAUUAGGUACAACGUAUACAUAGAGUCUGUAACUUUUUGGAUGGCAAUGUACAUGUGUAUUCAUACACUCCUGAAAUUCGCCAUAUUUUUUAGAUCAGUUGGAGGUCCACCCCAUUGAACUAUAAAUAACUGGAAGGCUAACUCCUAUGAUGAAAGUCUGUGAUUCGUUGAAGCCGGCGCGCGGGAAAAUCAGCUUUCAAAAGGAAUAAGGAGAGUUUCGAGGAGCGAAAAAAAUUCGGUCAAAAGUUUGUUUUCGAGCAAGAAUUUCCAAGAAAAACACUUUUUCCAUGGGAAUACUACAAUGAUUCGGAUUCAAACCAGGUUUUUCGAUUAGUUCCGACUGUUUUACAUCUCUCUGCAGCAAAAAGUGAGGAGUUUGGCUUUUGUAUUUUGAAAAAAUGACGAAGGUUUGGACGUACCGAAGGAAACCUCGCUCUUCAACUAAAAAAAAAUACUAUAAAACAUUUUGACAGUGCCAAAACUUAUGUUGUACUAAACUCCAGGUAUUGGUAUUGAUCCUAAACUUUUAUUCAUUAUUUUUUUCCUUCUAAAACGUUUUUUUUCCUUCUAAAACAUAUUAACAAAUUGGCGUUUUUCAAGUGAUGUUAUUUUCGUCGUCCUUUUCUUGUUGGCCACUAUGAGCACUUUGAAUAUGGCAAUAUUUUUGUCAAUUUUUAAAUGCUUUUUUUUUCGACCCUAAAACGUUCGAUCUUCUUGAAACUUCGCAUACAGAUGUAUUUUACAUGGGUUUAAAUAAUUCCUGAGGUAUGACGUCUUAGUUUUAUCUUAAACCUUCAAAAACUCAGAAAAAGCAACCUAAAACGCGCGGUUUUUCUGACCGUUUAUGCUUAUGGUCGUGUUUUUUCGUGUUUUUUUUUUUGCUAAUUCGUGAUUUGUUUGCUUUGCGAAUAUUAAAUUCGUUUAUCAUACUACUGAUAUAAAUUAAAUUCGGUGGUAUAACUAGUGUUUUGGGGCACGAUUUAUCUAAUCAAAAAAUGUGCAUAAUUUGAAAGGACUGGGUCUACCUACAAAACAAGCUUCAAGCACGGCAUCAACUCCCUCCCUGACUUAGUCUUCCAGUUUAUUUGUAGUUCAAUGGUCCACCCAUGACACCAUGAAACAAUGCCAUGCGCCCACGAUCAUUGAUGAAUUUUAGACUUCCACUGGGAAAAAAUGUGAAAUCCAUACAUUGAAAUUGCACCACUAAAUCCAUUGUAUAUCCAUACUAUUUCGAUACUAUAUCCAUAGUAUGGAAAUAUACAAUUAUUAUGGAUAAUCAAAAGUCCAUUCUAUUUCCAAAAAAGGUCCAUACAAUUUCCAUUCUAUGGAUUUUGAAAAUGUUCCCCAAUGCUUUCCUUUUCCCGGAGGUGCAAGCAACCUCGGGGAAAAUACCGCACUUGGAAUAUAUUAAAAUUCAUAAUGGGCAGUAAUUUUAGCCAGGCUAAUAUUAAACUAAAUGCGUCCACAGAUUCUGUUUUGCAACUAUUUGCAAAUGACGUCCUUUGGUCGGAGACUUUGCAUGCGAUUUGCAGGAUAGAAUAAUUAACAAUUAUUCACUAGAAUAUUAAGCAAAACAAAAAUGACCAAAAAACAACGAAAAUAAUUUUAAAACAAUUUGUAUUUCAGCUUCCAUAAUAGUUUUUAAACAAAAUUGUUAUUUUCUGCUGGCAGAGAUACUGUAUGAAAGAAGCAGAAAAUGUUUUCUCACAACACAAGGCUGGGAGCCCGAUUGUGAAUCGGGUGUAAACGGGUGGUGCAGGUUAAGCCAGUACAUGUUGUUGUUACUUCCACAAGCUUGACUAAAGUACCCACCCAAUCCCCCGUUAGUAUAAGACAAUUUAUAGCCUGUUAGUGUAGUGGAUUUUAAUAACGGAACUUUUUGGUAAAUUUUCUGUGUCGAAUUACAUUAGGUGCCAUAUAGUUGUGUAUGAUUUGCUGUGUUAGCUGUUAAUGUUCAAUUAAAUAUAAGUCAAGCGUGCGGCAGAAUGGCUGCAGCAGCUCCUAGCGGCCAGCAGUGGUUGAGAACAGUUUUUACACGCCUUUAGUAAUUUUAUUUAUUGAAAAUAGCUUUACAAUUGCUAAACAACACUUUGUGGCUUUCUUCGUGUUUGGCGAAAACACAGCUUCGUAUAGUACAAAAAUUCGCUCGUCUAUAACCGGAACGAAACGGGAAACCAUCUUGUUUUUGUCCGGAGAUGAAUAGUGCAAGGAUAUCCUGAGCUGAGUAACCAAUCAAAUUGUGUGAAAAGCACUAUCCAUCUCCCGAGUAUAUGCUAAUGUUAUUUAUUACUAAUAUAUGUAAAUGUUUAUUUUUGAAGCCAUAUUUUAACGUGAUAUGCAAAUCAGUAGAAAGUAGAAUAAAUCAUGUCUGUGAUUUUUAGCCAGGCCUAGGUCUCAUUAACGUUUUUUAGUGCCCGUGCGCAAAAUUCAUAACUUCAAAAUGCAUGCACAGUAGAAAAUUAGGCUUCGACCGUAACGGGCUCCUUAUAUUGGCCCGGUUGGAAACGUUCUGUGAAAUGAGGAUAAAAUGUUGCGAGAAUGUUUAUAACGAUAUUGCUUACCGAGUUGCGAGAAGAGAUCUACUGUAUAGGCCCUGACAAGUGAAGAAUAUUAUUCAUAUUCUGCAUUAUCGCGUUAGUAAGGUUAAUAUUUAAUAAGUGUGCAUGUUUUUAUCGUUUACUUACACAGGGGGCCCCACUAUGAGUUAUGAUUGAAAUAAUAUUGUAUUUAUUUUUAAAAACCUACUUGAAUCCCUUGAUAAUCGAUUAUUUCUUCUCUCGAAGUUCUGUAAACAUUUCGAACUGCUUGGAGUCAUUAUACUAUCACUCUACAUGACGUUUCACGAAGUAUAGAUGAUCGCUGACAAGUAAGAACGCGGGCGCGAAAAGACGAAGGCGGCGAAAGAAGGGAGAAUUAAACUAAAGGGUUGAAACUUCGGCGGGUCAUCGUUUGAUGUGUUCCAUAACUAGGUUGUUCUCCGGCAAUUUCACACGGGGCCCCAAUGUGAGUUAGGAUUGAAAAAAUAUUGUAUUUAUUUUUAAAAACGUACUUGAAUCCCUUGAUCAUCCAUUAUUUCUUCUCUCGAAGUUCUGAAAACCUUUUAAACGGCUCCGACUCAUUAUACUUGACGUCACGAGAACAACCUACUUAUGGAACACAUUGUGCGAAAAAACCCUUCGAGUGUUUCAUGUAAAAACAUGCGAAAAAUCAAUCGUUUAUUGAAUCUACUACAUCAGUUGUGAAGAUAUGCCCAAAAAGACGUAGAAUCUGCAAAAAAAAUAUUCGAAAACACAAAUAAAUUGUGAAUUUUAAGGCAUUUAGAAAUGUCAUCUAGUCGAAGUUUCAACCCUUUAGUUUAAUUCUACCUUCUUUCGCCGCCUUCGUCUUUUCGCGCCCGCGUUCUUACUUGUCAGCGAUCAUCUAUACUUCGUGAAACGUCAUGCAGAGUGAUAGUAUAAUGACUCCAAGCAGUUCGAAAUGUUUACAGAACUUCGAGAGAAGAAAUAAUCGAUUAUCAAGGGAUUCAAGUAGGUUUUUAAAAAUAAAUACAAUAUUAUUUCAAUCAUAACUCAUAGUGGGGCCCUCUGUGUUACUUAUCCUGCGUUAAGUCCAGGUUCAUCAGUAUUUCCAUAGAGUGAAAGUUUUAUGUUAUUUCAGAUUCAUCUGUGGGAAAAAGUAGGACUUCUAGUCGACGAUUGAUUGACACGGACGAAAACUUAUUAUUUACACUGACCAAACAAAAUCAGUGUGAUGAUGUAUAUGAUAUUACAAUAAAGAACAAGUAUAACAAGGUCAUUUUUGAAACGUCCAUGAAGGCGAAAACCCGAGUGAAAGUCACACCUCGUGCAGCUGAUCAACAGCUCAAAGGCACGCUAGGUCGAUGGUAUUUGUUUCUUAAUGUUGAUACCGAAGACAGGAUAAGUCGUGCAAAGGUAAUUUAAUAUUUUAAAGUGCAGUCAAAACAGGUUAGUAAUAUUAGGCGUGGCGUCUGUUUGCAUUUCAGACAUUUAGCAUGCAUGGAUAGAUCAUAGAUCCAGGGUCAAUCUUCGGCCGCCAAAUCCAAGGCUGCAAGCUGUUACUGUGGAAUCCUGAAUGUAGCGCCCCUCCGAAAGAAGCUGGAACGCACGAUGGCGUUACUUUAUUUAUCCCAUACCUGUGUUAAAAGCGGCUUUCUGAUUGGUUUAGAGCAGGUGAGUUUGUCGUCGAGCUCACCUACCAUGUGUGUAUGGCUCGGUGUAUGGGAUAAAAACCAAACGUACUUGCAGGUUCGGUUAGUCCGGGAUUGGACGCACAUCGGGUGGCUGGAAGUUUCCCGAACUCACCUCGCUUCGCUCGGUAAGUUCGGGAAACUUCCAGCCACCCUCGGUGCGUCCAAUCCCGGACUCACCUCCCUGCAAGUACGUUUGUUAUAUAAUUGUUUGGUAACUAUUGUGUUUAGUAACCGGACGUAAGAGGGGCCCAGCUACUUUUUGGAUUCUACGGUAAGUUGUUAUUCAGACGGAGACCGGUUAUGGCGGAUAUACUAUAGAAAUAUCCGUCCAGAUUAUCCAAGAUGAUUGUCCGACCGGUAUAUUUGGAUUGGUUACGUUUUUAACACAACUUUGUUACCGCCACGAAAUUAUCGGUUGCCAUCAUGCCUAUACAGUAGUUUUAAAAUAUUCUCUUUUUUAUAGCUUUUCCUUGAUCUCCCUCAAUCAACUCUCAGUGGUCAUGGUUUCUUAAUGGAACGUGUAUUUCACAAUGACCCAAACUGCCACCCUUCUGGUAAGACAUGUUUAUAUAGUUUACUUUAUUACCAUGCAGAUAGGUAUAGGUACAUAUGUUUUUAAUUAUUAAUAUACCUGAGUUCGUUAAGGCUGUGUUUCAUUAUGGUCGCGUUGUCCGCGCGGGACGAUAUACUAUAUUUCACCUUGUCGACGUGUCAGCGCGAUUGAAUACGCGCGCGACUCUAGUAGAUAGCUCGUUCCAGCCCUGGAAAAAGUGAUGACGUUCCUUGGAUCCUAGAUUUGCCCCAUUCAAUUGUUACUCAAAAGUGCGUAAACGUGCGUAGAAUGUACUGAAUAUGUACGUGUACUGAAUAUUAUUGAGGAAAACUUCGAAUUAUUUCAAGAUAUAGUCAGCAAAAUUUUUUAUUUAUUGAUAGGAUUUCGAGAUUAAGAAAAGGUUAAAGACUCAGGCAUAAUUAAUAACUAUUUAACAAUUUGGGCCACAAACAAGUAAAGUAAAGCAAAACAAUAAGCGCGGGAUAAUUCUUCACUGAGCCCACAAUGUUAUGCAAUAAGUGCUCCGCGACAUGACCAUUUUUCUGUGCAAUUUCCGGUCAUUAUCUCAUUUAUCUCAUCUGCAUGCCAGGAUGAAAUGAGCUAAGAUUUGUUGCUUUAAAAGCAAGAUUAGUUUCAAAAGCGAACUGUAUGAUUUGAACUGAUUUCGUUUCAACUGGAAGAAAGCCUAUUAAGCGAAUAGAUAUUUAAUAGGCAAAAACAGUUGUUUCGUUACUGAGACAUGGUUAAACGACAAAAUUCCGUCAAGCCUGGUGUGUCUCCGCAAUUACGUUUUUGUCAGAAAAGACCGGUGUGACUCGCGGUCGGGGGGUGGAGUGGCUAUUCUGUGUAGAGACGACUGGAAAGUUAAAAAUCUUGAUUUUGACAACAACCUUGAGUGUGUUUGGUGUGAAAUUGUAACACUUAAUACUAAAUACUACGUAGCUUCAGUAUAUCACCCACCUGACCCCAUUUAUCCUGAGACUGAGUUACUAAAUUAUUUGUCUGAAACUAUAGAACAGAUUCUUUAUCCUGAGCCCAAUGCAAGAAUAAUUUUAGCAGGAGACAUUAAUCAAUUCAAAACAAAAGACCUUAUCAGUCAGCACAACUUGGAACAAUUAGUCAAGAAGCCUACCCGAAAUCAUAAAAUUUUGGAUGUAUUUUUAACCAACUGUCCACAUCUUUGGGAAAAGUCAAAGGUUUUUAAAGGUCUAGUAAGAUCUGACCAUUUGGUUGUCAUGGUUUCUCCGCGACAUGCUAUAAAACCCGAAAGAAAGGAUGUCUACUUUAGAGACGUAAGAGCUCAUCGGAAGUUCAGUAUGAUGAGGAAAUUGGAGACAUGUGAUUGGAGUCACAUUCAUAAUUGCAAUAAUGUCAAUGAUACAGUUACUCUAUUAAAUGACACUAUCACUAACAUGUUUAAUGACUGUUUCCCGUUAAUUAAAGUAAAAAUGUCAACACGUGACCCACCAUAUAUGUCUCCUUUGAUCAAACACUUAUGUAAGAUAAGGAAUAAGAAUACAGCGAAGGGAGUCAACAAUGAUCUUCAAAAACGUAUUGAUGAGCUAACACGUGGAAAUCUUGUCCAUUCCGUUGAUGAUGAGAAUAGAAAAAAUAGUUUUGGAUCCAAAAAGUGGUGGGAUACUGUGAAUAGAAUUACUGGCAGAAAAAGCAAGAACAGCAAUAUUAGCUCAGUCAUCGAUCCACAACAUAUUAACUCGUACUUUCAAAAUGUAAACACGGAUGCGAAUUACAUAUCCCCCCAAUUCAUACCAUUUCCUGUAGGCACUCGAGUUCCUACCAUUGAUGAGCCUACUGUUAUAAGUUUUUUGACGAAACUAAAACGAACAGCGCCAGGUCCUGAUGGGCUUCCAUAUUGGUUAUGGAAAGACUUUGCACAACUUUUAGCGCCCAUAAUUACCAAAUUGUUCAAUCUCUCAAUAGAACAACAAUGUGUCCCUCUGAUGUGGAAGCUCGCUAAUGUGAACCCUUUACCCAAAGAAUCUCCUUUGACAGAGUGUAAUCGGUUGAGGCCUAUAUCGCUCACAAACAUCAUUAUAAGAUUAUUUGAAAGGGUAGUUUAUAAACAGGGGAUUGCGUCUGCAUUCAAAUCCGUGAUCGGAUGAGAUCAAUUUGCUUGUAAAGAGGGAACAAAUACUACCGAUGCUCUGAUUAUGUGUUUGCAUCAUUGGCUCAAGUGGCUGGAUGAAGGUGCAGACUCUGUUAGGGUAAUAUCAUUUGACUAUAAGAAAGCGUUUGACUCGGUAUCUCAUCACAUUAUUUUAAAACACUCGAAAUUAACCCGUAUACUUUAAACUGGAUUAUUAGUUUUCUGGCCAACAGAAAACAAAGAGUUGUUGUUGAUGGCAUAGAAACUGUUUAUGUUGAUGUUAACAAAGGCGUACCGCAGGGUACGGUUUUGGGUCCCUUUCUAUUUUCGUUGAUGGUUAAUGAUAUAAAACCCAUGGAUGCGCAAAACAACCUUUGGUCAAAUUUGCUGACGAUAUAACGACAAGUGCUCCAGUAAAAUCAGGAUCGGAUUCUGCUGAGGCUGAGGUGGAAAGCAUUCAGAAUUGGUCGGAAGCAAAUCAAAUGACAUUAAAUCUUUCUAAAACGUGGGAAAUGGUUGUGCACGGUGGGUCUAUGAAACCGUUACCGGCACCGAUUGUAGGCAUUGAACGAAAGAGCUGGUUGAAAUUAUUAGGUGUCACAUUUCAGGAAAAUCCAUGUUGCUGGGAUCUUCAUAUCGAUGAUCUUCUGUCGAAGGCUAGUGGGCGUAUGUACAUAUUGAGAGUGUGUAGAUGCUAUGGUUACUCUGCAGAUCAGCUAAGCAAAUUAUUCGAUUCGCUAAUCAUGUCACUCUUUUACUAUUGCAUUGAAGUGUGGGGCUCUGCACUCCAAAAGAAAUAUUUGGAUCGUAUAGACAAGUUUUUCCGGCGGGCUUAUCGUUAUGGAUAUACGACAAAGAGUAUUAAGAUAUCUGAAGUGAUCGAGGAGAAAGACAGAAAAUUAUUUAGCAAAAUCGUAUCGAAUCCAGAACAUGCCCUACAUGAAUUGCUUCCUGUGUGUAAACAAAGGAUUUUAAGACAAAGGGAACAUAACUUUAUUUUACCUCAAAUUAAAACGGAACGAUUAAAUGAUCCUUCAUAA